GGAAUGUAUGGAUUGGUGAUGAGAGCAUGCUGAUGUGGCAUUUAGUUGAGGUGGCACUGCAUUGCGUUGUGGGUGGUACCGAGGCUACGACCGGUCAUCAAAUGCGCACUCUGCUCAAUUGAUCACUUAGGGUCCCGCACGUGUUUCAGACCUUACAACCGGGAGACGAAAGACGGCUUCGUGCCGAAAAUAGAGCCUGUGCUCUCGCAGCAGCAAGGGAAACAGCACUAGCUGCAAGUCAGGCGUUGGCAGCAGCAAACGCAACAGCUAGAGAACAGGCAGCAGCAGCCAGAGCAGCAGCAAUGGCUAACGGCGCAGCCUCUGCUGCGUCCUCGUCUGGGACCCAGUUGGGAAUGCCCCCUGGGCCCACGGGUACUUUCGGGGCAGUAAGUUCUAGUCAGUCCACAAGUCAAAUGGCGGGCUCGCAGUUAAGCCCGUUGAUCCCACGCGGCAAGGAGCUCCUAGAGCUCCAGCAAGUCGAAAGGAUCCGUGCUCGGUUAGAGAGGGAAUUGAAACAAGCUACCGACAAAGAAAAAGAGAUCAAAAAUAGAACAGCCAGGCUUGAUACGUUAGAGGCAGACAAAGCUGCAUUAGAGGGUUUGGAUGAGUCAACCAUGUCUGAUCAAAUGAAAGUGUUGAAGAAUAGCGUACUGUCGCUGCAUGCGCAUGUGGACAGCAGACUCGACUUCAUGCAUAACUCUUUGGACCAGAUCUUGGACCUUUUGCAAAGGCCACGACUAAGGCCAACAGCACAGUCGCCGUUACCGUUAACGACGAUGUCAGGCCCCUUUCCAGUACAAGCUGGCACACAGCCAAGAGGUACGUCUGCAGCAGCUGCACAGACUGUUGCUUCUUCUUCUUCUGGGUCAGCGGUGAUAGCUACACCAUCACCGCAACAACCUGUUCCUAUACAAGGACAGCAGCAAGGUCAAUGGUACCCUAAGACCCCUAUGAAGCCGCCCCUUGCCUUCUCCGGAGAGAAGAAGGACGAGGAACUCAACACAUGGUUGAGAACGGUUCCAGUGUGGGUAAGGGCAAAGAGGACUAUGCAGGAGGAGGAGGUGAUUACUGUUGCAUCUUACCUUGAGGGUAAGGCAGCCAAAUGGCUGGAUGGAUUAGUAGCAAAGGCCGGGUACGGACGACGCAUGGCGGACUGGGCUAAGAGCCUAACGUUAAAAGAGUUCUUAGACAUGGUAGAAGCUCGCUGGCAUAAUCCACAGCAGGCACAAAUUGCCACUGAUGCGAUGCUCAGACUAGACCAACAAAAGUACAAGUCAGUCAGAGAGCUAACGUCUACCGUAGAGAGCCUCAUCGUCGUUCCCGGCAUACGCUAUGAUGACCAGGUCUUAUUGACCAUGUUUGUGAGAUGUCUUCCAGAGAAUCUCAGAAAUUUGCUGGCCAGCGAGGCUCGCCUCGAGUAUCAUUCCUUUGAGACCUUCUCUAGAAAGGCCUUAGAUUUAGAGGCUACUCUAGGAAGUGCUCAGCCUACUCCAACAGCAGCGAUGGAUCAGAAGGCAGGCGAGACUGACGAAGCCUACGAGGCACAGCUGGCGGCCAUUCUGGCCGACACCAAGCAACGGGCAGAAGCAGCGGCAGCAGCACGGAAGAAGAAAGAAGCAGAGGCAGAGAGACUACGCCUUCUGGCGGAAGAACAGCGGCAGAAGCACGAGGCAGCAGCAGCCAGGGCAGCUGAUGAGGAACCCGUACGGCGACGAGAGAUCAUAUUUAGGGAGGAAAGUGCAUUACACGCACAGGCCAAGGAUUGGCAGAAGGAGGUCGAGAACGGCGAUCCCGUUGACGUCGGGAGCAUACUGGAGCAGCGGGUCGCUAACGCCAAUGCCAACGUCGGCCCCUCCGACCUCGUCGACCGCGUCAACGUCUUGGAGAUCGACGUGGGGACACUCAACGCUGGGGCGCAACAGCACGUCUGUGCCGCAGCCAGCUCCAGCACGGCGCCACGCGAGACCAUUGUCAAGUUUGUCGGGCUCCCGAUCUUCUGUGACGCAUCGAAGACGGACCCCAUACAAUGGUGGCGCCAGUUCGAACUCAAGCUGGACCUCCACCACGUCGCCAACGAGAAUCGGCAUGCAUAUUUGUACUCCCGCUCGGGAGGCGCAUGUCAGGCAUGGUUGGACAACAUGUUGUCCGCCCAUGCAUGUACAGUCACCGAGUUCCACAAGUACAUCACCUGGGCGGAUCUCACAGUGGCAUGGAAGAAGCGCUUCCAAGUAGAACCGCCCGAGCACAAGGCGAUGGACAAGCUGCUGACAUUUUUGCAGAACAACAUGCCAAGCGGAGACUGGAUUUCCAAGUUCCAACGCUUCGCAAGCACGCCCAAGCUGCUGCUGAACUUCGACGGCAUCAAGCUCUAUUUCAUCAAGAGCUCGUGCCCGGCGCUGCAGAAUGCGUUGACUCAUGUCGCCGACACCCUCACUACAAGCGAGGAACUCUUCAACAAGGCCGCGCAGAUCAUUGUGACGAACUUGGCAGCCCGGAAUACGAGCUCUUCUUCCGGGGCAUAUGCGGACGUCGUCAGUCCUCCAAUUCUUCCUUCUUUCGAGGACUAUGCUGCCCGGCACGAACCUUCGCUGGAUUCACGAGCCCAAGGACAGGAUGUAUGUGCGGUCUCUUCUCCGAUCGGAAGCAACAACAUUGAUUCGUCUUCAAGUGGACCUUCACACGAUUCGGCGCGCGCGUUCAACAUUGAGGACUUGGACCCGUUGACGCCCGAGGAUUUUGCAUGGCUUCCUCUCCCUUCCACCGGCUGCUUACCGGAGCUGCAAUGCGCAGCUCUUCGCGCUCAUUUACAUACAUACCUAGCCUUCUAUGCACCACGAACUUCGCCUACGGAGGACGAGGUCGCGGUGGGGGACAUUCUUGCAUAUGUACGCAAGGUGGCCCGCGAGUUUCCCACGCAGCGGUAUGACGACAACAACGCACCGCUCCUUUAUGUCCGCAUCCAAAUCGGGCAAGCGCCCUGCAGCGCUUUGCUGGAUAGCGGCGUGACUCGCAACUUCAUUAGCCAGUCCUUCAUGCAAAGGGCCGGCCUUGGACCACAAGUUCGAAGGAAGGCACACCCUACGUCGAUCAAGUUGGCGGACGGUAGAACGCAACAACUCCUUGAUCGCUACAUCGAAGCCGUCCCGGUUUAUUUCGCACCUCAUGCAUGCGAACCGGUGACGUUUGACGUCUUGGACACAGACUUCGACAUCAUUUUGGGCAUGCCUUGGCUUGCAAGUGCGGAUCACACGGUCAACUUCCACCGGCGGACACUUACGGUUCGAGACGCAUUCGGCGCCGAAGUACCAUGUACGAUUCCUCCUCCGCACCCUUCAAUCUGGUGCCAAGUUGUAACCGCCAAGUCUUUUCGGGCCACUUGUGCUUACGAGCGGACUGAGGAGAUCGGCUUAUGUUUUCUUCGAACCGUCGCGGUAGCCGACUCUCAACCUACGGACUUGUCUUCAGACCCCCGGGUGGUGCGGUUGCUCGACGAAUUUGCCGACGUCUUCGAGUCACCUACCGGCGUGGUGCCGGAUCGGCCAAUCUAUCACGAGAUCAUUCUCGAGGCCGGUGCUGUGCCGCCAAAAGGUUGCAUUUACCGCAUGAGCGAGGAGGAACUUACAAUACUCCACGCGCAGCUCGACGACUUGUUGGACAAAGGCUGGAUCCGGCCUAGUAGCUCACCCUAUGGUGCGCCAGUUCUCUUCGUUCGGAAGAAGAACAAGGACCUUCGCCUAUGCAUCGAUUACCGCAAGCUCAAUGCGCAAACCGUCAAGAACGCGGGACCUCUUCCUCGUAUUGACGACCUUCUGGAGCGCUUGGGCGGCGAAAUUCUUUUCUAAGCUGGAUUUGAAGUCAGGAUAUCAUCAGAUCUCGAUU